CCUCAUACUGGGAGAGUAGGUACUACCUUUAAUGUGAUUUAUAUAAAGAAGAUUUGCGACGCGACCGUAUUUAUUCAACAACGCACCGACGGGCGGCAUGGAAAUCAGUUUCAGAAUGCAUCGUUCACAGUGUUUGAUUAUUACGGUUGCCUACCUACUGUUGCCAUUCAGCUGGGCCCAGCAACACCAGCAAGCGUUUUCCUUGCUAAAACGGUGCCCAUGUGUACCGAUAAACACAUGCUAUAGCGAAGAGGCCAGUCUGAAUGUUCAGCAGUAUCUUAACGAUCAAUUUAGGUGUCCAGAAUUCACCCACCAGCACUGCUGUGGUCCAGUAUAUCCAACACUCGGUCAUCCCGAUGAACAGUUGAAGACAUUAAAAGCGGACGCGGUAAAUCCACCUUCCGAUGACAAUGUGAUAGUUAUUGUGGCCGAAAGUGUUACACCUAAACAGGAAGUUCAAAGUCGUUCCGAGGAAGUCAUGACUGUUCUGCCACAAACGGAAGGUCCAAUUUUCACCGAGGCUACUACUUCCGUCGACAAUGAGGACAGUGCAACAGAAACAUCAACAGUACUCGUCGAAGAUACUACUACUCCUUUACCAGUAACUACCACAACAGUUCAAAGUCCCACCAGAAGGCGCCUAAACCGAUUCCAUCAGAGGCGUCUCUUUCCGAAGCACGAACGCAGUUCCACCGAGUCAACAUCAGCGCGAGAUCCGAUUCGGAGGAGUACAACUAGUUCCACAACUGAAUCGUCUAGGAGACUACCAACUCGCAAAAGUCUUUACAACACCGAAUUUCAACAGCGAUACGUGCCUAACCGACAACGAAAAGAAACAACCACAACUACGGAAUCCUUGGAGUAGGCUUUCUCAACCGACCAUCUGUUAACAUUUCCAAUAAAAAAUCAGAUUCAA